CUCGGCGUAUGUCCCACGAGCAAAAUAUCGGCCACUUUCUAAUUUUUCCAUGGGUCGCCGCGAGUUUGACAUCCUCGUCUUCGGUGCCAGCGGCUUUACCGGGCAGUACGUGGCUCUCGAUCUCGCCAAGCGGGCGCUGAGCAUGCCCAACCUGCGCUGGGCCCUCGCUGGCCGGUCCUCGGCCAAGCUCCAAGAGGUCUACGCCAAGAUUGUAGCUGCGCUGCCCGCGUACAGCAGCCAGCCAGCGAUCCCGAUCGUGCUUGCCGACGUCCGCGAUGUCGCUUCGCUCGACGCCAUGAGCCAGCGCACGCAGGUGUUGCUCAACUGCACGGGGCCGUACGAGUACUUUGGCGAGCCCGUGGUUGCGAGCUGCGUGCAGCAUGGGACGCACUACCUCGACAUUACGGGCGAGGCGCACUUCAUCCUCGAAAUGAUGGCGAAGUACGAUGCCGACGCGAAAGCCAAUGACGCGCUCGUCGUCAGCGCCAUGGGCUUUGACAGCGUCCCCACCGAGGUCUGCGCAGCGUUUGCGUCGGCGCAGUUUCCGCCCCACGGCCGCGUCAUGACGUCCGAGGUGCUCAUGGGCGUCGACUCGUCCCACGGCCACGCGACGACGUACGAGUGCGUCGUACUCAUGGCCAACCCGAGCCAUCGCGCCAAGACUCGUCACUACUACAACGCCCUUCGUGCUCAAGCGGCAACAUCGGCGCACACGCGCCUCUCGCGCUACCUCUUCUCGUACGACGCCCGUAUUGGCAAGUUUGCCGCGCAGUUCCUCGGCGCGGACGCCUAUCUUUUGGAGCUCAGCAACCCCGGCGUCGAGACCCAAGUGUACUUUUAUGUCCAGCAUUUUGGCUACGUGCUUCUGCUCGCGAUGUUUGGCCUCCUGCUUGGCGUCGUGGCGUGGUGCGAGGCCGGUCGCCGGCUUCUCAUCAAGUACCCGAGCUUCUUUACGGCCGGCGCGUUCACACACGCGGGACCGACGGACGACGAGAUGGCGGCGGCAUCGUUCACUCACUUUUGCAUUGCGCGCGGCUACGAGGAUGCGGCCAAGGCGGAUGGCGCGCUGGACUGGCAAGUCAAGGUGCGCCUCGAUGGACCCGAGCCAGGGUAUGUCGCGACGCCGAUCUGCCUCGUGGAAGCCGCGCUCGUGGUCGUGCAGGACGGGGCGAGUGAGAAGAGGAAGCUGCCGCGUGGCGUGCUUACGCCCGGAGCCGCGUUCAAGCACUCGGACUAUAUCGCCAAGCUCCAAAGCCGCGGUCUUGAGUUCUCGAUCCUGAGCGCGGGACCCAUCUAAUCGACCAUUUAACUCGUUCAUCUCGCG